AUGGAUGAUUUUGAUCUUGAUCUUGUCGAUGAACUUUGUUCAUCAUUUUGUACACCAUAUUCAAGUCAAAAUAUUAAAACUGCAGAUGGAUCUUCGACAAGAUCAAAUCGUAAACGUACAUCAACAAUCGAUCCACCGGAAAAUUCAAUAAUAAAAAAAGUGUGUUUAACUGAUGUAACUAAUAAAUCAAUGAUUGAUGAAUAUGAUGAAAUUAAUAUGCUGGAUGAAUCAGCUCUUCAAAUGCUUUGUGAAGAAUGGGAACCACGAUCACAAUUUCCAACUUUACUUGAUCGAGUUGCUGAUCUUCUUGAAAAAUAUCGAAAUAUUCGUGCAUUACAUAAUUGGCAAAAGAAAUGUCUUGAUUUACCAGCUCGUCGAAAAAAUCAAAAUCUUAUCUAUACACUUCCAACCAGUGGUGGCAAAACUUUAGUUGCUGAAAUUAUGAUGCUUAAUUGUUUAUUUCAUCGAAAUCUUGAUGCUAUUUUUAUUUUACCAUUUGUUGCCGUUGUUCAAGAAAAAGUACGAAGUCUACAACCAUUUGCUGAUGAACUUGGUUUUCAUUUGGAAGAAUAUGCAUCAAGUAAAGGACGAUAUCCACCAUUAAAACGUCGUAUAAAACGAUCACUUUAUGUGUGCACAAUUGAAAAAGCGAAUUCAUUAAUUAAUAGUUUAAUUGAAAAAAAUCGUAUGAGUGAAUUAGGCAUUGUAGUUGUUGAUGAGUUACAUAUGAUUGGUGAAGGGCAACGAGGAGCUACACUCGAAUGUCUUCUUACUAAAGUACGAAUGCAUAAACCUCAACCACAAAUUGUUGGCAUGUCUGCUACAUUAGCUAAUAUUGGUGAUCUACUUAAAUUUCUAGAUGCACAAUUUUAUGAAGAACGUUUUCGACCAGUUGAACUUGAAGAAUACGUUAAAAUAAAUGAUUUUGUAUAUAAAAUCGACCGAAAUAGUAAUCAAUUAAUUGAACAUAGACAACUAGAUUUUAAAUAUACAAAACAACAAUUAUUAAAUGAUCCUGAUCGAAUUGUUGGUUUAGUUUCUGAAGUUAUUCCUACUGAUUCAUGUCUAGUUUUUUGCGCAUCAAAAUUAAAUUGUGAAAAUGUCGCUCGUUUAAUUGUUAGUUUUAUGCCUGAAAAAUUACUUGAAGAUAAUCGUGAAAAACGUUCUAUUUUGCUUGAAUCAUUAGUUGAAGUUAAUGAAGGUGAUCUAUGUGAUACAUUAAAAACAACAAUCCCAUUUGGUGUUGCCUAUCAUCAUAGUGGUUUAACAGGCGAUGAACGUCAAUUAAUUGAAGAAGCAUUUCUUGAUGGUAUUUUAACAUGUUUAGCAUGUACAUCAACUCUUUCAACUGGUGUUAAUCUACCUGCAAAACGAGUUAUUCUUCGAUCACCUUAUGUUGCUAAUCAAUUUUUAACUUUUGCACAAUAUAAACAAAUGAGUGGUCGUGCUGGUCGAACAGGUCAAUCUCAAAUUGGUGAAUGUUAUGUUAUAGCUCAUGAAAGAGAUAUGAAACCACUUCAAGAUAUGUUAUUUACUAUAGCUGAAAAUGAUACUGGUUGUGAUAGUCAUUUAUCUUUAAAUAAUAAUUAUGCAAUUAAACAACUUUUAUUAAGUGCAAUUAGUUUAAAAAUGUGUACAACUUAUGAAUCAUUAAUGAAUUUAUUACAAAAAACUCUUCUUGCUUUACAAGCUGAUCGUCUUAAUGUUAAUCUUGAAAAUCUUCUUGAUGAAAGUUUACAAUAUCUUAUAGAUACAAAUAUUAUUCUUAUUAAAGAAGAAGAAGAACAACAACAAAGUAAUGAGAGUGAUAAUGAAAAAGUAAAAAGACUCAUUUAUGAAACAACAAAAUUAGGCAAAGCAACUGUUGAAGGUAGUGUUGAAUUAAGUAUCGCUACUUCACUUCAUAAUCAUUUAACAUUAAGUUUAAUUAACAUGAAUUUGGAAAAUCCAUUACAUUUACUUUAUAUUACAAUGCCAUUUGAUUUACCUAAUAUAACUAUUGGAUUUCGUCAACUUGUUGAUCGAAUGCAAGAAAUGAAAAAUGAAGAAAAACUUGUACUUAAAUUAUUAGAAAUUGAUGAAACUUUCUUGCAUAAAAAAGCUGUUGGUUUACCAGCACAACAAAAAGUAAGCAAAGAGACCAUGCUACGUUUUUAUGUUGCUAUGAUGUUAUAUGAUUUAUUUAAAAAUAAAAGUUUUUAUGAUGUUGCUAAAUUUUGGGAUCAAUCUCGUGGUACUAUUCAAAGUCUUUAUUCUCAAGUUGCUUCAUUUGCUACAUCAAUACUUUAUUUUAGUAAAAUUUAUGAUGAAUUUUGGCCUUAUCAUCAAUUAUUACCAAUCUUUGUUCAACGAUUAACAUUCUGUACAUCAUUGGAAAUUCUUCCACUUAUGGAAAUUCCAGGAAUAAAACGAGGUCGUGCUUUGCAAUUAGUUCGAGCAGGUUAUCGUACAUUACGAAGUUUAGCAAAAGCUCAACCUGAUGAACUUAUGAAAGUUGUACUUAAUUUACCAUUACGAACAGCACAAAUUCUUGUUAAACAUUCAAAACGUCUUCUUUGUGAACAAGCUGAAGAUUUAAGAGAUCAAGCAGCUGAAUUAGUCGAAAAUAUUAUAUAA